UGUUAAGUACUUUGGGUCUGAGACAUGGCUCUGUCCCAGUUACGGUGCCUGGACGAUAACAACGUCAACCCGCGAACGCACGAGUCUAAACCGGAGUUCCUCUACAGCGAAGACCAGCGGCUCGCGCUCGAGGCGCUCCUCCGGGAUGGCCGACAGGAGUUCCUCAAGUACCUGGAGGCGCGCGGCCUGCGAGGCUUCCUCUCCGACCUGGAGCUGGAAAGUCUCGCUGGGGCGGUGGAGCCCUACGACACGGAUUCGGAGGUGUUCCCGGAGAACGCGGAGGACGACGAGCCCCCGCUGUCGCUGCACUACUGGCCCGAUUUGUCGGACACAUCUGUACCCCGGAUGGACCUGGGCUGGCCGGACAGCGAGGCUUACCGGGGGGUGACGCGCGUUACCGUGUACACACAGCCACCGCUGGAUGGUCAGGCGCACAUCAAAGAGGUUGUCAGAAAAACGAUUGCGCAGGCGCAGAAGGUGAUAGCAGUGGUGAUGGAUGUCUUUACUGAUGUCGACAUCUUCAGAGAUUUGUUAGAUGCUGGAUUCAAGAGGAAGGUUUCGGUCUACAUCCUGCUGGAACGCUCAACGCUACCUCAUUUCCUGUCCAUGUGUCAGAGGGCCAGCAUGCACGCUGGACAUCUCAAGCACCUUCGUGUUCGCUGCACAGAUGGAGCGGAGUUUCACACUCGGUCCUGCACCAAGGUCAGAGGGCAAAUGGGACACAGAUUUAUGUUUAUUGAUGGAGACAAAGCUGUGUCUGGUUCGUACAGUUUCACCUGGAUGUCAUCGCGGCUGGACAAAAAUCUCAUCACCAUGGUAACAGGCCAGGCAGUGCACGCUUUCGAUCAGCUGUUUCGCUGCCUUUAUGGGACUUCCAGCUCUGUUGACCUCCGGCAGAUCACCAUGGAACCCGAACCUGAGCCCGGGCCCCUCCCGCAGCUGAGCACUGUGGCCCUACCUUCUGCUGCUGUUGCUAGGAAACUGUACAGCCCCAAAUACGCCCUGGUUGUUGAAGGGAACCCCAGCUCCAGCUCCAGCCCUACCCCUGCUGCUGAUAACAAUAGCCCCAAAGAAUCCCCAAAUCCAGAGAACUCCAAGAACCCAGAUGUCACAGAAACCAAGAGGAGGAGGCAGAGAGGGGCCAAUAAAGAAGCUAUAGAGGAGUCUCCUCCCCUGCAUCCUGGACUUGUUGAUUUAGAGAAAGCGUGCUUAAUCGCAUACUUGCCCACUUGGCCUGAGCCUGACCCGCCCAGCGAUGUAAUUGGAUACAUUAACAUUCGGGAUACCAGCAAACCAGCUCCGGUCCAUCUGCAGCGGUCUGAGAUGUUUGAAACCAGCCAAGCAGUCAGGUUCAGCACUCCAAUCAGCAUGCCAAAGGAAACCCUGCCAGAGGUUGCCAUGCCCCAACAGAUUACUGGAAAUCAUGUGGAGAAGCAUGAAGUCCAGCCAAGACAAGAUAUAAUCAAGGCUGGAGAAUCUGGAGACAAUGCUCAACCAACACAACCCAGUGACAUCCAAAGUAAAGAGGAGCCACCUGGACAGAAAUUACCUGCACCUGAGCAAAGGUCCGAACAUGUUAAGGAUGCUUCUAAGGCUCUCAACACUGAGAAUAAACUGCAGUCAAGCACAUCCACCAACCAAGAUGCAGGCCACAACACUACACCUCACCUCGCUGAACACACACCUUCCCAAUCCAGCAGUAAGGCAUCUGCUCCCAACAAUCAGGGGCCCUCUCGCACCAAAAACAACCCUAAGCCAGAGCCCCUUCCUGGAUCCAACACUACACAAGAAGCAGAAACUAGUUUAAACAGUCAAAGUGCUGCUGUGUCCAGGACACAGAAGUCAAACAGUGUACAGUCCUCACACCUGUGUGCACCGGCUGACACAAACUCAGUCACCAGCAAUGACCAGAAGGCACCAGAGAGCAGUGUUGUCGAGAGGGCUGAGAGCCUGGCCAACACAGGGCCACUAGAGGCCCACAGUGAAGCUCAUGUAACAAAUGUGGUGAAGACUGUCACAGAAAAAGCUGAAGAAGUUGACCCCAAGAGUUUGACAUCAGACUGCAAAAUAACCCCAAAGACACAGACGGACCACGUGGCCACAGCACAGACAGACACCGAGGCUCCAGAAAAAACCCCAACAGGCUGUGAGGCUGCUGAAGUGCCAAAAGAAAAAAGUGACAACAUACAGACAAACAAUGCAAGAGCAAGAGCACAUGAGCCUCACGGGACACCGUACUAUGCAGGGAAUCCAUUAGAGACUGUGGACUUAAAAGAUUCAACACACAUUCCUGUUCCUGCCACAACUAACUCACACAUAGCCAAAGACAGCGCUGAUGAUAGCAUACACAUUCAGCGAGGUAAUCCAAGGGACACAUCAGGAGCACACCGCACAGACAGCGAGCCAAAUACAGCACAACAUAACACACACAUCAUCACCUCUCAAGAAUCCCAGCCAUCUCCCAAAGCACGGGCAACCUCACACACUCCUGAGAGACCCCUGCGCUUACACUUCUCUGACACACACAUGCCAGACCAGCGUUCACCAGCACCUGAGCGAGAAUUACCUUCACCCACUCUCAAACACACUCCAACUCCUGAUGGGGUUCCUCCACACAUGCCAACCCCAGCCUCACAAACACAGACAGCAGACCCUUGCUCACACACUACAGGCCUCUGGACACCUACGCCCAAUGAUAGUGACGGGGAUGUCUCGCCAAGGGAGGACUCCAACCCCUCCACUACCUCGGAGGAGUAUUAUGAAUGUAGCAACUCUCCUCUCCUUGAUGGUGUGUUUGACCAUGUGGGUUACUGCAACCACGGGCCAACAGAGGAUCAUGACAACUUUACACAUGCAGCUACCCCAAAUGAGUCAUCAGGCACCGCUGACAGUGCAACCAGUACCUCUAGCAGUGAAACAGCAGUGUGUGGGCCUGGCAGUAGCUCCUCUUCUUCUUCUUCUUCCUCUUCUUCUUCUUCUUUACCUGAAAAUAAAGCAAAUGUAGAAGAAAAUGGGAGAGAAGAGGAUGAAAAUGGGAGGAAACUGAGUGGGGCAGAGAGGAAAGGCAGUGAGGAAGCUAAGCGAACAACCGAGAGUUUAAAAAUAGAUUCAGCAGAAAUAGCAGAAAACAACAAGGAGACCCAACCUCAAGCUCCUGAGAGAAAAAGAGCAAAGAACAAAUCGGAAGCAGAGAGUCUGGUCAAUGUAGGAACGGCUCUGGGAAAGUCAACCAAUAAGGAAACAGAUCUAAAGCACUCGUCCACUAGUGGCCUUAAACCAGAGAAGGCAGCGGGACCAGGCAAAGAGAAGGUAGCGGACAAGGUAGCACAACAAUCCAGCAGUGUGGAAAGAAGAGGCAGGCCCCAAGCACCCAGAGAGAAGGAGGGACAUAAGCUGUUGCAUACCUCUCCCAAGCUUUCACGGGGACAGCGGCAGCGAGGCAGUGGGUCGCCCUCCCCUUCCCGACCACCCAGAACCCCUCGUCCCUGGCCAGCCACCCAGCCUCAGGGACAGCGUCCCUGGAGAAGCCAUCAGCUGAACCAUCCUGAAAACAAGGUGCUCCAUUAUAGUUUCCCAGUCUCGGAUAAUACCUCAUCUCUUCACAGAUCUGUGUACAGAGGAGCCCCUCCAUUUGCAGCAGGUGUUAUUGGGUCUGCAGCUGGGCAGAAGCAGACUGAAGUCUCCGGCAGCCAGCAGAGCCUCAUCUCUCGACAGCCUCUAGUAGCUCAGGACAGUGCGAGGGCCAGACAGUCACAGAAUCAACAUCUUCACCCAGAAGCCCGGCCUUCUUUGCUCCACAAACAUUCAAACAUGCAGUCCAAGUUCCAUCCUCAUUCCCAGAGCCAGAUGGCUUCAGCGCAGGAGGCACCCAGGCAGGAAGAAAGAAGAUCUCCAUUCACUGUCACCUUUAGCAGGCUGUACAACCUUAAGGGCCUGAAGGACAAACUGAGCCAGUGCCCAGCACAGAGCAGAGCAGACAGCAGCUCCUCUCCUGUACAAGGACAGAAGAGCACAAGAUAGUUACGGUACAUCAUGCCAAAGAAAAUGCAUAUUAAAAUAACAAAUUAAAAUAGAAAACUAGCUUACCUCAGCUUCAGUAAAAAAGUCUAAACUCAUAACUGUACUGUGAUCGGUGUACACAGCAAGGACUUGGCUGUGCACAACAUUUUUCACUCUACAGUUACAGUUUUCUGGCAGUUUGAGUGAAUUUCUGAACUUUGUGGGAUUGACCCUCUCCUGUUUCAUCUGGUGGAGGGCACACUAAGUAGUUUUCCACGUGGUCAUAUUCAAUAUGAAACCACUCCUGUGCAUAUUACUGGACCAAACUAUGUGUGACUGGGUAAGAGUUUUAUUUUUGCUCCUGUGUUUCUCAUUUCUAGAGACAUUUUCGCAGAUUCUUAUUCAUAUGGCUGCAUUUCAAUAUAUUAAGUUCUCCUGAUGUUAAAAAUUCAGUUGCCCGACUGCCUGCACUCUAUAAGCUUUCUUCUUUAGGGGUCAUGACCUUCUAUGUAAUGAGAGGCCUAGACAUCUGGGGCCAGAUGCAAAAGCAAUGCAUACACACAAAAACCAUGCCUAGGCCUAUAUCUAUAGAACUUGGGGGAACAAUAUGUGCACCUCAUGCAUACUUCAUCCCAUGCGUGCACAGGGUUUGAGUAGACCUGAAGUGGAGAUGAAAGAUAAGCUUCAACCAUUUCUAAGCAGCCUGCAUUAUUGUCAGCUGUUUACAUAUACUACAGGUCAUAAAGUGUCGGCCUGAUGAAUUUUGAUCUUAUGUCUUUUACCUCAGCUGUUUUCCUGUUUUUCAUUUUAGAAUUUCUUGUGACUUAUACUGUAGACUGCUAUUACUGUCAAUUCAUUCUCAUGUAAUGAUGAUUAAGAUAUCACCAGCCUAACAAUAAGCUUUUACAGGAGUGUGAUUAUAUUACAACGGCCUAUAAAGAGCUGCAGCUGUGCGUAAUGGUGGCGCCUGAGGAUGCCGCCGUAAGAAGAGAAAGAGGGUUUAGUGUGUGGUUAAAACUGCAAUUAGUUCAUCUGCUGUAGAUACUAUAAUGCAGGAGGUGCCAUCCUCCUGUCAUCCUCAUGCUCUCUUUGUACGCACACAUGCGCUUUUUUGUCUCUCGCUCACAAUCCGACAACUUCUUCUUCUUCUUUCUCCUUUUAACCGCAGCCACGGUCCUCUGUUCUGGUAGCCUGCCAGUCAGCAGCUUCUCUUCUGUUUGUCAUCUCUGAAUUGAGACCAAUAAACAAUCAUAUUCUCUCCACUUCGCCAAUCAGUCUUAGUUUUACAGGCACUGAAAUGACCUUCUUCUUUAAUAUGCAAACAGAGGUUUUCUAUGCAAAUAAUUGAUUACGGGCUUAUUUACAUCUAUUUAUGUCUAAAAAUGGGAGUGGAAAAGAAGCUCGUGCUUUGAGGCUUAUGAGACGGAACCCGGCACACAUGACGCAAACAAUGCGCACUUCUGCCUUAGUGCGCACAUGCAGUUUUAGUCAAGAGUUUACGAACAGUUUUAUGCAUCUGGCCCCUGAAGCUGGACGGUAGCUCCCUCUCCUGCAUUCUCACAAAUCAAACAUCCAAAUGUUGAAGCGUUUAUCUCCAGUUUUUAUGUAAAUGAACACAAAGAACAUGUGUUCUCUUAACUGAUCUAGUUUCAACUGUGCAAAAAGAGAAACUGUUGCACCCUGGAUUCAUUCUCAUACGUUGUAGUGAACUGUUGUAAGGCCACUGGGAAUUCCCCCAGUUUGUGUUUUCACUUGCAUUUCUCUCAUCCUGGUGUGGUGAUGUGAAUGUGAAUUCAGGAUAAUUAAUCUGUACUUAUAGUUUACCAAGGAGUGACUGUCAAAAUGCACAUUAAUAGAGUUUAAAAUGG